AUGGCGCGGCUGUCGUUGUCUCGAGCAAUCCAGCUUUUCUGGCAUGCAGAGCUCUCAAAUGACGAUGCCAAGCUGCCCUCAGCAGACGAUUCUGGCACCGAUGCCGAACGCCGCUUGGCACACGUCGUGGUUCAACUGAUGGCGGUGCCAGCAGGCAUGACAUCCAUGUCGUUGCCUGGCAUGCAGCUGAUGCCCAUAAGUUGCUCCGGGAUGAUGUUCCAGAAGGACUGGAACGGCGGGUCCGAACAGCCGAAGUGUGUUGUCAAGAACACCUUCCUGCACGUGGACAAUCAGGAGCAGACCUCCAACGCCGGCAUGAAAGAUCGACGCCGCGAGAGCUCGGCUCCGCCGCGGCCCCGCGUGGAGAUGGCAGAAGAGGAGGAAGAUGGGCGAGAGGCACGUCAAGGUGCCGGAAGUUUGUGGACUGAAGGCGUGGCUGGUCGUCAGGCUUCGGAGCCUGCCAGCAAGAACAACGGGCAGUAUUUGCUCAUCCCCAGUGCGAACUCUUUAAAGGCACAAAAGUCGCAGGGGCAUUCGCUCUCCAUGGAACAGCAAAUUCAGCAGCUUCAGCUGGAGCAGCAGCAGCUGCUGGCGCAGCAUCAGGCGCAACAGCAGGCCCUGCUUCAGCAGCAACAGGUGGAGCUCAUGUACCAGCAGCAACAAUUGGAAGCACUUCAGCACAGCGUGAAUGAGACGCAAGGUGAGGAGAUCCAGGAGACCGAUGAUGAGGACUGCAUUGGCCAGUACCAGCAUCAGGGCAUCUCCCCCGGACCUGUGGCACCCACCGACGGGGCCAUGGCAUGGAU